AUGUCUCUCAUCAGUGAUCCUGACUACCUCAUCCACAGCCUUCGGUUGAACUAUCUCCGCCAUGUAGAUGACCCGUAUGCGUCUAGCAUCAUCUCCCUCGACCCCUAUUACGACUCCAAUCCGUACAUAGUUGCCUCUGGUCUCGCUGAUGUCGAGAAAUGGCCAGAACUUGCCAGGCCGUCCAGUCCAACCCCAAGCGACGACGAGGGCCGCAUCAAUGCGCACUCUGGCUUCCCCGGGGCUACUAGGCUCAAGUAUACAACAACAAUUAUGGGUCCCUCUCGAAUGGGAGGCAUGGGUCUUCGAGUAGCGGGCAAGCGCGCGUCCAUGUCGAAGAGCUCAUAUCGCUUCUCUGUGCGCUAUGGAACAGACACCCCAAGGCCCACUCUCGAUGAGAAAACAGAGCCCGAAGUACACGAUGCAUCCGCGGCAGAGCAGAGUACCGCCACCACCGCUUCUGGUUCUAUUACAUCUUCUGUGGCGGACACGCUGAAGUUGCCAGAGCAGGAGGCACCCAAAGAUGUCAACGGGUCCAUCGACAACGGAGCUCCUCAGGAAGGAGCGGAACCACCUAAGACCAUCUCUCCCGAGUUUCACCCCAAGUUCAAAGGCGCUGCAGAGAUGGAGGCGAGAAGAAAGCUUCGGAUGCAGGCUCGCGCACGCCCCGUGCCUGGCAUUCGAGUACCAAAUCCACCUGUUUUGCUGAAUCCAGAGAUCUCGUCCUCUGAAUCGGAAUCGGAAGAGGACGAGGAGGCGGAUGUGGAACCCAAUGAGGAGGACGACGAGUUCGACCUCAACGCAGACGUUGACGACAGCAUCGACAUUGAUGCCGACGAGUCUGAUCAGUACGUUCGCCCCCACUCGUGGAAACUCAUGCACUUCCCCGCCACGCGCGGCAUGCCCGGCCUCGAAGACAUACACUCCGACAGUGACGGCGUGUCCAUCCUUUCCGGCACCAACUCCGUCAUGUCCACGACCUCCUCCAUGAUGGGCUCCUCCCUGCAGCCGAGCAACAGCGCGCGGGUGGGCACGCGGCUUAGUCCUGUCCACGAGAGCCGAAUCAGCGAGGAAACCUCUCCACAACGUCUCAGUCAAGCUGCUGCCCCCGCCGCGCCUGCCGAGCCCGCACACGCGGCACACACGGAUGACCUUUUCACGCGACGCGCGGUGUUGCCCACACGACCGGGGCGCUCAGCGCUCGCGGCGCUACUUGCCGACUCGUCUGGCACGUCGUCGUCAAAUCCGUUCGCGGAGCUGUACAGCGCGAUCUCUGCGCGAGCAGAGGGCGACAGCAUGGGCGUGAACGUGUACUUCCCGCACGCACGUGAGCCGGCGGGCCGCGCGCUGACGUUGAAGGUGCGCCGCGAUGCGUCGGUGGAGGAGGUGCUUGGGUUUGCGCUGUGGACCUACUGGGAGGAGGGCUGGCUGCCGAAGAUCGACGAGGGUCUCGAGGGCGAGGAGGACGCGCGCUGGGAGACGCGCUGUUCGGCGGUGGGCUGGAUAUUGCGGAUCGCAGAGGAAGAUGGAGAGGUGGACGAGGACUUCCCGCCCCCUGAUCGUACGGGUAAGAUCUCAAAGUUCAACUUUGAUGCCUACGCCGUGCUGGAGGCGACUGCUAGUCAAGUGCAACAGAACAAGGUUUUGGAGUCCAAGAUCCAGCGCCGCCUGUCGCGCAUCGUCGUCAAGAAGAAAAAGUCGACCGGCCUGCUCAACGCAAUGCCCACGCCCGCCACUCUUGCGCCGCCGGCAGAUAGCUUCCUGGGUACCAGCGCGGGUAUCAGCUCGUUGGUGUCUUCUAUAGGCAUGUUUCCGAGUUCGCUUGGGCCGUCUUCGAGCCACGGCCAGCAACAAUUCCUGCGCAUCCGGAUCGCGGACAUGGCCGACGCGGGCCUCGUCUCUAUUACCAUUCCUGCGACGAGCGGGAUGUACACGGCAGAGGUGCUCGAGCUGGCGUGCCAGAAGCGCAAGCUUAACGACCCGAAGGACUACGCGCUCGUGCUCGACCUUGGCCCGACCAAAGUGUUCAUCCCGCUGGACAAGACGGUGAAGAGCUUGCAGGGGAAGCGCGACCUGAUUCUGAUGAAGCGGGACAUGCUACGCGAAUACGGCGUCGAGAUCAGCAGCGAGUCGUCGCGGACGACAGACCCCAAUGCGUCCAUUAUCAAGCGCAACUCAGAGAUCUUGGAGCCGUCCUUCAACUCCAUGUUUGACUACACCAAUGCAUACAAGAAAUACACCGUGUAUCGCAAGGUGCCGAUGUUGGUCACUCGCAGUGCUCGGUUAUUGGCCAUCGACGGUGUCUAUAUACAUAUCAUGCCCAUGUCGAACAAAGCGAAGCAUGUUUUCGACAGUGGCAAGACGUCCUCAUAUCACCUCAAAAGCGUUGUGGCAUGCCAGCAGUCCAGCAAGGACAGCUCUACGUUCAAGCUAGUCGUGCACAGCAAUGCGGAGCGGGACAAGCGGUACGACUUUGAGGCUGAGAGCCCCAAGCUUGCUUAUGAAAUCGUUCAGACCAUUCGCGCCUUGAAGAUCUCGGUGGAGCGUCCGGGGACGAUUAAGCAAUCGCGGAGAAGUCGACAGGUCACCUGA